CCAGUUCUUUUAGGGCCCGGUACUUAAAUUUUUAGUUCGAAAUUUUGAGCCUUUAACGUCCCUACCUGCGACCAAGUACAAGACAUUCAUGAAUUUUGAGUGCUAUUAUUUCUGUUUUACUCGUUUAUGCAAAUGAAUGGGCUCAUGAAUUUGUCAUCUUUCCAGCAGGGCUAUUGUGGUCAUUAAAAGUGUUAUCCCCAUCCAAACCUGAUACAUGCGAAACAUAAGAAAGGGAAUACCAUCACAUAUCCUUUUCCGUUAACCUACCGCGACAUGUUCCAUACAAUAUCCAAACGCCAUCUUAUGAUGAAUUCAUAGGGGGUAGAGAUCCGCAUCUCACCCUAUCGAUCAGCGACUGAGUACAGAAAGGCCACAGAGACCGGCCGGGAGCAGCAGCAGCGAGAUGGCGGCGGCGGAGUCCUCGGGCACGGCGAUAGGGUCCUCGGGAAGAUGGGCCCUCCACGGCAAGACGGCCCUCGUCACCGGCGGCACGCGCGGCAUCGGGUACGGCUCCCCCCCAAACACCCAUCUCGUUUCUUCCGCACUUGCAAGCCGGCCACGGAGGUUCACCCGAGGUCGCGUGCGCCGCAGGCGUGCGGUAGUGGAGGAGUUGGCGGCGCUGGGGGCGGCCGUGCACACGUGCUCCCGGAAGGAGGAGGAGCUCGGCGAGCGCAUCAAGGAGUGGGAGGCCAGGGGCUUCCGCGUCACUGGCUCCGUCUGCGACCUCUCCGCGCGUGACCAGCGGGAGCGUCUGCUCCGCGAGGUCGCCGAUCGUUUCGGCGGCAAGCUCGACAUCCUCGUAAACAAUGUGGGAACAAACAUAAGGAAACCAACUACUGAAUUUUCUGCAGAGGAAUACUCCUUUUUGAUGGCUACUAAUCUUGAAUCUGCAUACCACUUGUGCCAAAUUGCACAUCCUCUUUUGAAAUUAUCUGGGUCAGGCAGCAUUAUCUUCAUUUCAUCUGUCGCUGGAGUGGUGGGCAUCUUCAGCGGAACUAUAUAUGCUAUGACUAAAGGUGCUAUUAAUCAGUUAACGAAGAACUUAGCAUGUGAGUGGGCAAAGGACAACAUAAGAGCCAACUCUGUUGCCCCCUGGUACAUUGCGACUUCACUUACGGAAGGACUUUUGGCAAAUAAGAAUUUUGAGGAGCAAGUUGUGAGUCGAACUCCGCUUGGACGUGUCGGAGAACCUGGGGAAAUAUCAGCACUCGUUGCUUUUCUUUGCAUGCCGGGUUCCACUUACAUUACUGGCCAGACGAUCUCAGUUGAUGGAGGUAUGACUGUGAAUGGGUUUUAUCCAACCAAACCCUUCUAGGUGUAGGUUACCAUGGUGGUUUUCUUUUAAGUUGAAACAAACCUAAUAAUAUGUAUGUAUUAUGUAAAGGUGAUCAUAUCAUGUAUCGAUCCAUGAUUAUUGUUCAAUGCAUAAUUAUAUCAGAACCAUGUGAAAAAUGCUGUGUCAGAUUUGAUCAGCGAUCUGCAAAUCUGCGAUUUUGCCAACCA